UCGUGUUGGAUUACAUUAUGGCCUACAAUCGACCGUGCACAUGUAUACAGUCUACAGAUCAAUAGUUUUUGAUUGCAGGAAUUAAAGUUAGAAGCUGAGAAGAGAGGAGAAGGAAUUUCUGUUUUAAAUUUGAUUCGCCAGAUGGCAGAACAAUCAAGAAUGGCGGCGCCCAGUGAUUAUGAACAGAAACCUCAAAUCCGGUUAUCAAUACCGUUUGCAACGGAAAAGGAAGCUGAAAUCGCUUACAAUUCAUUGAGUGUUGACGCAGAGCUGAAGAGAAGCCAGUGCCGGAGAGUAAUAACAGUUGAAAAGAGCGCUUUAGUGGUAGUGAUCACAGCACCCGAUGCACGAGCAUUGCGGACCAGCUGUAACGCGUUCAUGGACCAUGUCAUACUAGUAACAGAAACCAUCACUAGAUUCGGUCCGCCGUUAGAGAAAAAGCAGAAGUUGCAAACGAGCGAGGAAACCACUGUGAGCUGAUGAGCGCCAUGUUAACGUAGCGACGUUGUUGUAGAAUGACGUGAUAUCCCGGUCACAACGACGGCAAGAUCGGUUUUGUGUUGUGGUGGAGUACGUGGUCAAACUCGGAUUACGAUGAUUCACAUAUGCACUGGAGAAACGUAGCGGACAUUUGCAACGUACAUUUUAUUAUCUUCAGUUACGUUAUGCUCACUAUUGUGUAAAUGCAUUUUUGUAUUGCAGCACAACAACCUAUACGGUAGCACAUCUUUACGUGUAGCUUAUGUAUGUAUACACUUAUGUAUGCGUUCAUAGCACUUUAUAUGAUCACAUUAUCAUGUCUACUAUCAUCAAUUGCCUAAAAUAAACUCCCGUUGUUAGUAGUUA